CUCCCUCUCUCUCUCUCUCUCUCGCUCUCCCGGUAGCGCUUUGCUUUUGCACUUUGCCGUCCCGUCGAGUGAUCCCAAGCAUCCCGCAAGAUGACCAUCAACACCCUGGCUAAAGGAGGGUGUCAUCGGGAGCAAAUGGCAUGCUUUCGAAAGAUGGAGAAAGUGAUAGUAGCCAUGCAGGACCCUGACAUGGGCAUGAAGAUGAGAAACCAGAGGCUUCUUAUAACUGUCAUUCCACACGCCAUGACAGGCCAUGAUAUAAUUGCCUGGUUGACACACAAAUACAGAAUCAGCGAGGAGGAGUCUCUGCACCUUGGCAACAUGCUGGUGAAAUAUGGAUACAUUUACCCCCUCAAAGAGCCGAGGUGCCUUGUGCUACGGCCCGAUGAGUCACCCUACCGCUUCCAGACUCCUUAUUUCUGGACUAGUACCAGGUGGCCCGCGUCAGAGCUGGACUAUGCAAUCUAUCUGGCUAAAAAGAAUAUAAGAAAACAAGGCGAACUGAUGGAAUAUGAGAAGGAAAGGUACAGUCUGUUGCACAAGAGGAUCAACCACACCUGGGACUUUGUUGUGAUGCAAGCCAGAGAGCAACUCAGAGCGUCCAAACAGAGGCGGAAGGCUGACCGCAUUGUUCUGGAGUGUCAGGAGCAGGCUUACUGGCUCAUCAACAGACCCCCGCCUGGGGUUAAUAAUGUGUUGGACACAGGCUUGGAGCGACCAAAUAACUUCAGCUGCAGAGUCACACUGAACAGUGACUACUACAAAAGAGAGAUUGAAGCCUGUAGAAAGGCUCUUGGAAGAAACCGUGUAAAAUCAUCCAUCUGCCUAGAAGGUUUUCUGAAAUACAGCGAGCAGUACCUGAACCACGAUCCCAUUAUGCAAGGCUGCCUGCCCAGUAACCCCUGGAUCUCUGAUGACACCGCGCACUGGACGAUGAACGCAGAAAUAGUGCCGGUCCCGACGCGUCUACGAGUAGAACGCUGGAGCUUCAGCUUCAUGGAGCUCCUCAACGAUGCCAUGGGGAGGAGGGAGUUCAUGACCUACCUGGAGAAGGAAUUCAGUGCGGAGAACCUGUAUUUCUGGCAGGCGUGUGAGGAUAUCAGACAUGGAGAAAGCUCCAAAAUCGUAGAGAAAGUGGAGGACAUCUACAAGAAUUUCCUGGCUCCUGGAGCGGCCCGCUGGGUCAACAUCGACAGCAAGACAAUGGAUAAAACCUUAGAGGGGAUCAAACGGCCGCACCGCUUUGUCAUGGACGACGCGCAGAUGCACAUUUACUUCCUCAUGAAGAAGGACUCCUAUCCAAGGUAUCUCAAGUCUGACCUGUACAAGAACAUGCUGGCCAAAGCCAUCGUCCCCCAGGAAACCAAGAAAAGUGUGUUCCCCUUCAUGAGACGCCAAAGGCACUCUAGCCCCUCCCCUGCUCAGACUGCCACCCAGGCAGCAGAGGAAGAAGGCCUUGCCAAGGGGGCAGGUGCCAACUCUGCAGCUGGCUCGCAUUUCUGAUCCAGGCCAAAAAAAAGAACCCAAAAAAGAGAGAAAGACUCGGUCGCUUUACUCUCUGUUGUCUGAGUUUUUUCUUUAAAGUCAAACAGAGCUUCUCGUACGCCG